AGAUGGAUUCCAAUUUUUGUGUUCGAUAAUUUAUGGAAACGUUUUAUUAAGUUUGGUUCAGGUUUUACCGCCUUUAGAAAAAAAUUAUCAUUUAAUUUGUAUUGAUCAUAGGGAUGUACAUACUCAUCAAUUGCAUUAUUUAAUUACUUGCCACUCAGAACAACGUUUUUCUUACAUGAAAUACCACCAGAUGAUGCAGCGUGGUCCAACAACAAUCCACAAGGUUGGCCCAGGCUUGUGUAUGAAGACCUGGUGGACUACAUGAUCCUGAAGAAGGCAUAUGAUGAAAAAGAAAUGAGAGCCUUCCGUGCCCUGUAUGGCAAGAACUAUGUGGAAAGUGGAUGGUUAGAGGAUGUACGGCACUGUAAGGAAGGCGAUAUACACUUUCUGAAGGCAACUGGUUUCCCUAGUAAACCCGGUGUCGGAAGAUCAGAAUACCAAUCCUGGGCCGCUGUGUCGGAUGACGGAAUUGUGACUGGACAAUGUACAUGCCCAGCAGGUGCCGGGCGUUCUUGCAGCCAUAUUGCUGCUGUGCUGUAUGCAGUUAUUAUGGCAUGGGAAUAUGGAGUCGCUGGAGAGGGAUGUACCGACUGAAGGCAGGUGUGGGGUAGAGGUGCCUCGAAGAUUCUUUCAGCCAGUGAGGAUUUUCAGCAAAUAGUGAAUGAUGAUCAUAUCACUAAAAAAAAGAUCAAAUCUGAUUCUAUUCCAAAUCGGCCUCAGUUUAUAGACCACAGCGAUCUAGUUGACUUUGCGGCCAUGUGCAGUGUCAGUGCUUUAUGGCAGUGUGAAACAUCAAUGCUUAAGAAGGUCCUUACUGCACCAGAGAUGAAACAAACUGUUAGACACCCGCUUCAACACAGCUGCCAUGACCUGUCAGACACUACAAAACCAUGUAUACCCACAUGCACCCCAUGUACAAUCUUUAUGCAAAAAUAUGUACUUUUGAACAAAGAACAGGUGAAACUGUUGGAAGAACAGACUAAAGAACAGAACUCCACACUGUGGCUGGACAGUCGUAGAGUGCGUUUAACCGCAAGCAGUAUAAACAGUAUACCCAAGACCGCCCGUGGUAAUCCGGAGAAGUUUGUGACCGGGCACAUUCACAAUCGCUUUAAGGGAUCAGCAGCUACACGGCAUGGAACAAAAAGUGAGCCAAUCGCAAGAAGAUGGUUUGAGACCACUCAAGGACUAACAGUCAGGAAGUCGGGUUUAGUUGUAAGUUCGGACGAACUAUAUUUAGCAGCAAGCCCUGAUGGAUUAAUAAAUGACUGCACAAUUCUUGAAAUAAAAUGCCCCACCAAGCCAGUCCAGGACCUAAUUAAGUCUGAAAAAUAUGAUGUCCGCCUCGAUGCCUCUGGAAAAGCGUACCUCAGCCCUACUGGAAAGAACGGCUAUUAUACUCAAGUACAGACGACCAUGUACUGCACUAAAACUACGAUGUGCAAAUUUCUAGUUUGGACAGAAAGUGAUCAGAUCAUUGUUGAUGUACCAUACGACAAAAAAUUCAUGGACAGUUUAUUACCACGUGUUAGAGCUUUUUAUUUUAAACACUUGCUUGUACGCAUAGUUGAUGAGCACCAUUUCCAGCGAUUGGAAUUCUCACCCGCCUUCAAGAAUCUGUGUACAUAAAUGUAAUUAUAGCAAUGCUGGAUUGGGACAAAAUAACUUGUGUGAAUCAUUUAAAUGUAAUGAAUUAACAUUUUACAUGUCAUUAGCUGUAACAGGGUGAUCUUCGUGAAACACCUCAAGAUAAAUAUAAUCCUUACUGUCAUUUUUAAUUUUAUCAACAAUUUUAAAAUCAUGCUGUAGCAGAAAACAAAUUUGGGGAUUUUGCAAACAAAUCAUUUAUCAAUUGCCAUUGAAUGGAUAUCAAACAGCCUUUAAUGCUUCAUGAUAAACAACCAUGCUUGUGGUAGGAUGUUAACCCUUUGCAUGCUGGGAAAUGUGUCGUCCGCUAAAAUGUCGUCUGCUGAAUUUCUAAAAAAAAGCAUUUUCUUCAUUUUUUUUUCAAAGAAUACUAUCAGAAUAGCAAACAGGUUUGUGGCGUCUCAUCUGGAUCCAAACUGUUUGCAAAGGCCUUCAAAAGUAAGUUCCCGCACAGAAAGAGUUAACUUCCGCCAAAGCCUGUAUGUUUUAUAAUGGAUUGCCAGACUUAUUGGACCAAAAUGUGUUUACAAUUAUGUAUAUAUCAUGUGAAUAUUAUAUGAUUUUCUUGUGCUUAACCAUCAGAAGAAGUUGCUUAUAGGACAUUAUAAAAUUGUUAAAUAAUAAACUAUGUGUAAUUAAACAAUAAAAGCAUGUGAUCAAGCAUUUCUUAGUUUUAUAAUGGUAAGUG